GUUGGAUCAACUAUUGUACCCCAUUGUGGACAUCGUAUUGGUCCUCCACACCCCCACGAAAUACGAAAUACGGACUAAGGCUUUCCCCAGACUUAAGUUCGAUAUCUACUUAUACCCUUUUGGUUACGGAAGGAUCCCUCCUUGUUGCAUUCAUCCGGGGGGCUACCAUUUGCCUUUAGACAGGGCUGAAUAGUCCAGAACCCUUGUUUUUGAUUUGAAUAGAUGUAACGGUUUAAUAUAGGCCGUGCUGUAUCGUAAUCAACCCGAAGCUGGCAGGAAAUGGGAUGUCACGCGGAAACGCUCAGAGUUUUAUAUUGUAUAUCAACCCUCUCCGAACCUCCCUUGACUUCGCCUUCUUUUCUCGCCCAUACCAUGUAAAUGUAUCCACUAUUAAUCGAUUCCUCUGCUUUGUCUUUGAUCCACCAUGGCCGAAAAGAUGGAUGCCACCAUGUCCCACAGUGACCACCCUGACGACCCCCAGGUCGUCGGCGUCAACAAUGCCGCGUUGGCGGUAGCCACCAUCCAGCAGAAGCCCAAAUUGCUGAGCAAGAGCAUGCUCAAGCUGUACUGGUGCAUCGCUGUGGCCAUGCUUAAUUCCUGCAUCAACGGAUACGACGGCUCGCUCAUGGGUUCUAUCAACAGCUACGAACAAUACCGAUCCUACUUCGGAUUUGACCCAGACGAGGGUACGCCUUCUACUGGAAUCGUAUACGCGAUCUAUACCAUCGGAAACAUCGUGGGUUCAUUCACGGCUGGUCCUUUCACUGACUUCAAGGGACGUCGCGUCGGCAUGGCCCUCGGAUCCAUUUUCAUUAUCAUCGGAACCGUUGUCCAAGCUACCUGCCAUAACAUCGGCGGCUUCAUGGCUGGUCGAUUCAUCCUCGGCUUCGGUGUCGCCACAUCCGCUACAGCCGGUCCGGCUUACGUCUCCGAGAUAGCCCAUCCCGCGUAUCGAGGUGCCAUGACUGGUUUAUACAAUGUGCUUUGGUUUGGAGGUGGUAUUCCGGGAACGUUUAUCCCGUGGAGAACGAGCUCCAUUGAGGGGACGAUGAGCUGGCGGAUCCCGAUCUGGCUGCAGAUGAUAUUUUCAGGAUGUGUGCUCUUGUUCUGCUUCACUAUUCCAGAGUCCCCUCGUUGGCUCAUUUCGCAGGACAAACAUGAAGCGGCACUCAAAGUCCUAGCCAACUACCACGGCGAAGGCGAUCGCAACGCGCCCAUCGUCCAACUCGAGUACCGCGAGAUGAUCGAGGACAUCUCCAAGACAGGCUCCGACAAGCGCUGGUGGGACUACCGGGAGCUAUUCAACAGUCCCGAGACACGGUAUCGAUCCAUGCUGGUGAUCUUCAUGGCCUUCUUCGGCCAAUGGUCCGGCAACGGUCCUGUCUCCUACUACUACCCACAGAUGCUACGCGGAGCCGGCAUCGAAAACAAUAACACUCGACUGCUUCUACAAGGACUCCAAAACGUGGUGCAAUUCAUCGGCGCCGUGGUCGGCGCGUUGAUCACCGAUCGUGUCGGUCGUCGACCUCAACUCCUCGUCUCAACAGCUCUCAUCGUAGUCCUGUUCGCGAUCGUGCUCGCGCUAAACGCAACCAACGUCGUGGACGGGCCCGACGGCGAACCCAUCGCUAAAAGUGGCGUCACAGCUCGAGCCCAAAUUGCCAUGAUCUUCAUCUUCGGGUUCGUGUAUUCGGUCGGCUGGACACCCAAUCAGGCUAUGUAUCCAGUUGAAUGUCUAAGAUACGAGAGUCGGGCGAAGGGAAUGGGAAUGAAUAACUUCUUCGUCAACAUCGCCUCCUUCUACAAUACCUUCGUGACGGGCAUUGCUUUCACCGGCGCCGGGUGGAAGUACUACUUCCUCUUCAUCUUCUGGGACACGUUCGAGGUGAUAAUCAUCUAUUUUUUGUUCGUGGAGACCAGCAAGCGCACACUGGAAGAGUUGACGGCGAUCUUCCAGGCCAAGAGUCCCGUGAAGGCGUCGUUAAAGAAAGACGAGGUGUUUGUGGCAGGUGACGGCGCAACACAUAUUCAGAAGGAGGUCUAAUUUAUCUUCCUUGACAUACAAUGCAGGUUGAACACAGGCAUGAACAAAAGAAGCAAUCUAUUUAUUUAUAUUAUGUUAAUCUAAACCUAUCAAUACCAAAAGGCCAACCCAAUAUAUGACCAAACCCAUCAAUCCAAUCCAAUUCGUUUCAUAUCUCAUACACCCAUACCAUAGAAAACUCCAUUACCAUCUACCACCACCAC